AUGGUGGCUAGUGACCAAAAAAAGAGGGCAAGCCAAGGGAAGCCUCAUUUUCUUAAAACUCUCACCCACUUUAAACUUAGUAAACAUGAAGAGAGCAUGGAAAUUAGGGAGGCUCUUUUACACAUAGCCAUGCUCAAAUUCAAGAUAGAAGCUUUGCAGAGAAAAUGUGAACAUUUUAAUAUUAUCAGAAGAAAACCUUUACACCAGUUUCAGGAGGUGAAGGUGGAAAAAAAUGGGGAAAAGUUUCAAGUAAAGAUAAAAAGCCUAAAGGGAGACAAUAAGCUUUUGAACAUUCUAGAAACAUUUGAAGAAAUGGGGUUGAGUGUGGCUCAAGCAAGGGUUUCAUGCCGAGUUUCAUUUGAUAUGGAAGCCAUUGUUGUACCUCAAUCCAAAGACAAGUUGUGGAGUGUGGAUGAUAUGAUUCAAACUCUUGUUAAAUCUCUGUCAAGCCAAAUGGCUAACUGUAACAUUUAG